AUGCCGCCGCCGAGUUCCUAUGAUGACACGUCUUGUAGCGGAGCCACGCUGGGCUCUCAGGAUUCGGAGCCCCAGGAUGUCCUAGACUCAGAACUUGACUCCGAUUAUGUCCCUUCGGAGAUGAGCGAAGAUCGAGCAUUCCUAGCUUCCGAUACAGAAGAGCUCUCUUACGUCUCAGAUGACAGUUACAAUAUGGAGGAUCCUGUAAUGAGCAUGAUAUACGACUAUUCGACCCAUGGGGAUCGAAAGAUACCGAGCCUCGAGAAGAAACCCAUCAAAGCGAUAGCAAAACGAGAAAUUACUCGAAACGGUCAGCUAAAGACUGAGUAUCUAGUCCUCUGGUGCUCUUGGGAAAGCUUGAAUUAG